AUGAAUAGCAACGAUAUAACAGAUGUUGACAAUGUACAAGAUGUCAACAAAACAGAUCAAAUACAAACUUUUACAUCAACAUCAAAUUCAUCAACUCCCCCUUCAAAUAUAACUACUACUACACUACCAACAGAUGGAGAAAAGAAAAAGAAAAAGAAUAAAAAGAAUAAAAAGAAAUCACCAGAGAAAACAUUUAUUCAACCUGGUGAAUAUGUAAAAGGAUUGACAGAUGAAAAGGACCACAUUUACAACUAUGGUAAUGUUUUCACUGUAAAAGGUGCUGAUACUUCUAAACCAUGGACUGAAGAGACUUUAGGAAAGUAUCUAAAGGAUGCUGGGUUUGUUCGAGGUUCAGACACUAUGCCAUAUCUCAAAGCUGCACUUUCACCAUUGUACCUUAAAUUUGCUUUCCGGUUGAACCAAGAUUUGGAACGUACCGGACACGGCCAAACUGAUUUAGAUAUGGCCUACUCUAUCUUUGGGGAUGUGUUAGUAGAAUCUGAUCAUAUUCCAUCUUCCUUUUCUAUCAUGGUAUCAUUGUUUGUUGCUGCUGCAUACAUCAUUGGUCUUCCAAGAUUUGGUAGAGGGGAUUUACCAAAUGUGGUCAAGAAAACAUUGGUCAAGAUGAACCAAGAGAUUCCACGCAAAGGAGUGGACAUUGGAAAAAAGAUAGAGUAUACCUUUAACAAGUACUUUGGAUUUCCAGAUCAACACAGAUUCAUUGAAUGGGAUUUGGCCAAGAUGAAUCAAUACCUCAAAUUCAACAGUGUCAAGCAAUUUACCACCACCAAGUAUCCACCUACUGAGCACAAUCUCGAUCGUGUUGGUAUGUUGUGUAAAAUGGUAAUGGCCAUUAUCAUUGCCAAAGAUAUCAAUAACAAAGACACUCAACAAACUGGCAAAGACCCUAUUGAAAUGGAACUGGAGAGUAUGGGACGUAUGAUUUUACCACUUUGGAACUCUAAACAAGAUUGGAUGGUUGAUCUCAAAAUAGAUUUCGUUGCCAUUACACUUUUGGCGUUUCAAACUGGUGUUGUCAAUUUCAUUUAUCCACCUUUGAUUGAUCCAUACGUCAAGUUGGUGAUAUUGAACCAAUUGGAUCACGGUUUGUUUAACAUUGACGAUUCUACAGGUGAAAUUAUGAAUUUCAAUGUUCUUUUCCUCAAACUUCAAAAAUCUUGUUCUGACCAAGUCAUCGAACAAAAUAGCAAAGAGAAAAAGAAUACAAAUAAGAAUAAGAAGAAAAAAAAACAACCUACUUUGGUUGAAGAUGAUAUCUAUAAAGUUAAUAAUACAACACCUACUCAGCAACAGCAACAGCAGCAACAAGUAAAAACACCACCACGAACAGUUCAUAAACAAGAACAUAUAUACAACUAUGGAAAUGUAAUAGAUGUAAAGAUUGAUACAAACAAGAAUUGGACAGCAGCUAUUUUUGCUCAAUAUCUAAAGGAUGCUGGGUUUGUUAGAGGUACAGAUUAUCAAGAUUAUGAAAACGAAGAUAUUGGAUACGAAGGAGAUUACGAUAUUGAAAAGGUUGUUGAUCAAUACAUUGACUUUGCAGACAAGGUGAUGUGGCAUAUAAACAACCCUGAAUCUAAUCCAGGAAUCAGUUUAAAGUUUGGUGUUGAAUCGGUUACCGAUUUUCAAACAUUUUCCACUAUGCUGCCACCAACCUUUAAGAUUGCCGCCACAUUGCUAGCCGUUUCCACUUUUAUGACUGGGUUACCAGAGUAUUGUCAACCACUUCCCAAUGUAAUCAAACACACUCUAGUCAGAAUGAACAAGGGUAUACCACGUAAUCUACCAGACCUUAUCAUCAAGACUCAAGAAGUUUUAGAUAUGUUAAAAAAACAACAUAAACCACAAAAGAAAUAA